AUCGUGAUAAAUAUUUAAUUGCUGAUUAUGAAGAUUUCAAGAUAUUUAUAUGUUGUAAAUUUAGAAGUAUAAAAAAUAUAGGGUUUAAUGAUAUUGAACGAGUGAAUGGGUUUAUAAAAGCAUAUCAUCCUGAGGAUACAGGUGUGAUCGUAACUAACAAAAAUUAUUCAGAAAAUUCAUAUGAUCAGGCAAGAAGAAUGAAAAUUUUAGUAUGUCAAUCAAGAAACAUAGUUAAAAAUAUUAAAAAAGAGAUCGAAAGAAAAAAACAAAUAUUAUUAAAAGAUUCAAAUGAACCAAAAGAAUUAAUUGUAGAA